AACACUUCAUCCUCUAAAGCCAUCAUGGUGUCCCAUAAGGAGUUCGCAACUGCAGGAAAACAGCCGGGCCUGCAGGUGUGGCGCAUCGAGAAUUUGGACCUGAAGCCCGUUCCCAAGGCGCUGCAUGGAAACUUCUACACCGGAGAUGCCUAUUUGCUGCUCUUUACCACCUCUGCGCCCUCGUAUAACAUACACAUGUGGUUGGGUGAUGAGUGCUCUCAGGAUGAAAGCGGCGCGGCCGCCAUCUUCGCCAUGCAGUUGGAUGACUUCUUGGGUGGAGGGCCGGUGCAGUUCCGAGAGCUGCAGAGGAGCGAAUCCAACACCUUCCUAGGUUACUUCAAGUCGGGCGUCACGUACAAGAAAGGGGGCGUGGCAUCCGGUUUCCAGCAUGUGGUGACCAACGAAGCCAACGUGAAACGGCUGCUUCACGUCAAAGGUCGCAGGGCCAUCCGAGCCACUGAGGUGGAACUGUCCUGGGCCAGCUUCAACAAGGGGGACUGCUUCAUUGUUGACCUGGGAAAGGACAUCUACCAGUGGUGCGGCAGUGAGUGCAACCGCUUCGAGAGGCUGAAGGCCUCAAACGUGGCCAUCCACAUCCGAGACAAUGAGAGGAACGGCCGCGCCAAGCUGCACAUGGAGGAGGAGGGCCAGGAGACGGCAGAAUUCAUUGCGGCGUUGGGACCUAAAACUGCUAUUGCACCAAGCACUCCUGAUGAUGAGAAAGUGGAGAGCGCCAACAGGAAGAAAGGUGCCCUUUACAUGAUCUCUGACGCCUCGGGCUCCAUGAAGUUGUCUGUGGUGGCCCCCUCCAGCCCCUUCAAGCAGGCCAUGUUGUCUCCUGAGGAGUGUUACAUUCUGGAUAACGGUGGAGACAAGAACAUUUUUGUUUGGAAAGGUCCAAGAGCCAACAUGUCCGAGCGGAAAGCCGCCAUGUCCGCUGGCCAGAAGUUUAUUAAAGAAAAGAAUUACAGCAGCAAGUGUCGGCUCCAAGUGCUCCCAGCCGGGGCCGAGACCAUCCUGUUCAAGCAAUUCUUCAUUGACUGGAAGGAUAAAGAUGAGACCACCGGGCCUAGUCAGGCCCACGUUAUUGGCCGCAUUGCCAAAGUGGAGCAGGUGCCUUUCGACGCGUCCAGCCUGCACACUAAUAAAGCUAUGGCGGCUCAGCAUGGCAUGGUAGACGACGGCAAGGGCAAGUUUGAGAUUUGGCGUGUGGAGAAUGGCGAACUGGUUCCUGUGGAUUCUGCAUCUUAUGGUCACUUCUAUGGAGGUGACUGUUACCUCAUCCUCUACAAGUACAAGACAGGACAGAUCAUUUACACUUGGCAGGGCCUGAAGGCUACACAGGACGAACUGGCAGCAUCGGCGUUCCUCACCGUCAAACUGGAUGACUCAAUGGGAGGUUCACCCGUUCAGGUGAGAGUGACUCAAGGCCAGGAGCCCCCCCACCUGAUGAGCCUGUUCCAGGGCAGACCCAUGAUCAUCCACCUCGGAGGAACAUCCCGUAAAGGUGGCCAAACUCAAAGCGGCAACACUCGCCUUUUCCACAUCCGCCAGAGCACCUCCCACAUGACCCGAGCCGUGGAGGUGGAGGUCUGCGCUUCCAAGCUCAAUACCAACGACGCGUUUGUGCUGAAGUCACCGAGCGGUGUGUUCGUGUGGCGCGGCGUGGGCGCCAGCGAUGACGAGAUGGAGGCCGCCAAGCACGUGGUGGGCUUCCUGGGUGGAAGCGCCACCCAUGUUGCAGAGGGAAAGGAGCCAGCUGCUUUCUGGUCCAGCCUGAACGGCAAGAAGGCAUACCAGGACUGCAAGACUCUGCAGAACGUGAUCAGGGCACCGCGUCUGUUUGGCUGCUCCAACAAAAGUGGAAGACUUAUUAUUGAAGAAGUACCAGGUGAUUUUACUCAGUCUGACCUGGCCACUGAUGAUGUCAUGAUUCUGGAUACCUGGGGCCAACUCUUCCUUUGGAUUGGAAAGGAGGCCAAUGCACAGGAAAGGACCGGAGCUCCCAAAUUAGCAAGGGAAUAUCUGGAUUCAGACCCGACCGGUCGCAAGGGGCUGCCCAUUACAACCAUCAAACAGGGAGCCGAACCGCCAAUUUUCACCGGCUGGUUCCACGCUUGGGACACCAAGAUGUGGGAGACUGAUCCGUACGACAGAAUCCGCGCUCGCUUCUGAACAUCCCCGAAGUGUCUUGCCAUGUUUGCACCUUUUUUGCGCUAGUAGCCAUUUUGGUUGUUUUACCCAAUCCCCAAGUGCCAAAAGCAGAUCUAUGCACCUGCUAAUAGUAUCAUCAUGCUUUUUAACCUCUUAUAUAGACCAUUUUAAUCCGUUAUUUCUAUGUUGUGUCAGUGUUUUUAGUAUAGGGUUCUUUGGCUUGCAUGCAUUUUUAUCCCGCUGUGAAAAGUAUAUGCAUGCAAACAUACCGCAAUUUAGCAGCGAGUCCAUGAAAUGCUCUCAUGGAUGGCUUUGAAAUAAAACUCUGAGUUGAAACACAUGUCGUCUACGUGAGAUGGAAAAUGAAAAAGUGCAAUAAUUCAGAAGAAGUUCAGCUCAUUUAUUUUCCAUUUAAAGACUGCCCGGAGGGAGGGCUCAAGAUCUCAUUGGCUUUGUUCUUGGUGAGGAUACUAGGAACUAAAAUGGCUACUCCUCCGUUAUUCAUUGAUGGAUCAGCAUGAAAUAAAUUUGGUAGCUAUAUUAUAAGGGUGUAAACACAUAUAUCCUUAGAACUAAAUUUUAAAUGUUUAUUCAUUUAAUUAAACGGGUACUUUUUUUUGGCU